AUGGAUGUUGAUUCCGAAGAAGAUACAUUAGAUAACUCUCAACCAUUACCCGAAAUUGACCUUUAUCUUCAUCUAUUGGUAAUGAUUUACUUGUUGGAUAAACAAGAUUAUGAACAGGGUAUCCGAUUGUCUUGCGAAACUAUUAAUAAAAUCCAAAUUUUAAAUCGUCGUACAUUGGAUCAAUUGUCCGCUCGCAUAUAUUUUUAUUAUGCACGUUUUUACGAACUUACUGGAAAUUUGGCUGAGAUUCGACCCGUUUUAUUGGCUGCACAACGAACAGCAACAUUACGUCAUGAUGAUGAUUCUCAGGCUACGUUGCUCAACCUGCUGUUGAGAAAUUAUUUUCAUUAUAAUCUUUUUGACCAAGCUGAUAAGCUUGUCAGUAAAGCAACGUUUCCCGAAUCUGCAGGAAAUAACCAACAGGCUCGUUACAUGUAUUAUUUGGGCCGCAUUAAGGCAAUUCAGCUCGAUUAUACGGCUUCACAUACUCAUUUGAACCAAGCUAUUCGCAAAGCACCUCAGAAUACGGUUACAGCUGGGUUUCAACAGGCUGUCUAUAAAUUGUCUAUUAUUGUUCACCUUCUCAUGGGUGAGAUUCCCGAGAGAUCCAUAUUUAGACAGCCGGUUCUAAAAAAACCAUUAGUUCCUUAUUUACACAUUGUUCAAGCUGUACGUAUUGGUGAUUUAUCGAAUUUCCAAGAAGAGAUAGCUAAAUAUGGGGAUGUCUUUCGUAAAGAUAAGAAUUUUACUUUGAUAUUAAGACUCCGACAUAAUGUAAUUAAAACAGGUAUUAGGAUGAUAAGUUUAUCCUAUUCCCGUAUAUCUUUACGUGAUAUUUGUUUAAAGUUACAUCUUGAUAGUGAAAAGGAUGCCGAAUAUAUUGUCUCUAAGGCUAUUCGAGACGGUGUUAUUGACGCAAUUAUAGAUCAUGAGAAAGGAUUCAUGAAAUCCAAGGAAAAUGUUGAUCUUUAUUCAACCAAUGAACCCCAAAAUGCGUUUAAUGCUCGUAUUACAUUUUGUUUAAAUCUUCAUAAUGAAUCAGUAAAAGCCAUGAGGUUUCCACUUAAUGCCCAUCGUAAAGAAUUAGCUUCUGCUGAAGCACUUCAAUUCUAG